CCCCUUCCCAGCUACGGCGUGGGGCUGCGAACGGUCUACCCCUGUGGCUCCUUCGUUCAUCCCUGCUGGCUGGUGAUCAUGGGACAGGAGCCGCGCACGCUGCCGCCUUCUCCUAACUGGUACUGCGCCCGCUGCAGCGAUGCCGUGCCCGGGGGCCUUUUCGGCUUCGCAGCGCGGACCUCCGUCUUCCUUGUCCGCGUGGGCCCGAGCGCCGGCGCGAUCCCUGGGACGCCCCCAUUUCGAGUCAUAGGGGAGUUGAUGGGACACACCGAAAGGGUCUCUGGCUUCACCUUUUCUCAUUACCCGGGUCAAUACAACCUCUGUGCCACCAGCUCUGAUGAUGGAACUGUGAAAAUCUGGGAUGUAGAGACAAGAACAGUCGUGACAGAACAUGCACUCCAUCAGCAUACAAUAUCAGCAUUGCAUUGGUCUCCUCAAGUAAAGGAUUUAAUAGUAUCUGGAGAUGAAAAAGGAGUAGUUUUCUGUUACUGGCUUAACAGAAAUGACAGCCAGCACCUCUUUAUAGAACCCAGGACAAUUUUCUGUCUUACUUGCUCACCUCAUCAUGAAGAUUUAGUAGCCAUUGGCUACAAGGAUGGCAUAGUGGUUAUAAUUGACAUCAGUAAGAAAGGAGAAGUUGUUCACAGGCUUCGAGGCCACGAUGAUGAAAUCCACUCCAUAGCCUGGUGUCCCCUGCUUGGUGAAGACUGUUUAUCCAUCAAUCAAGAGGAAAAUUCAGAAGAACUUGAAAUUCCCAACGGUAAAGUUAUAGCACAAACUGCAGUAACAAAAGGCUGCUACUUAGCCACUGGAAGCAAAGAUCAGACCAUUCGAAUCUGGAGCUGCUCUAGAGGCCGAGGGGUGAUGAUUUUGAAAUUACCCUUUCUGAAGAGAAGAGGAGGCGGUAUAGACCCAACUGUUAAAGAACGCCUUUGGUUGACACUCCAUUGGCCCAAGGAUCAACCAACACAGCUGGUAUCCAGCUGUUUUGGAGGCGAGCUGUUGCUGUGGGAUCUCACUCAGUCUUGGAGACGGAAAUAUACCCUUUUUAGUGCCUCAUCAGAAGGGCAGAAUCAUUCAAGAAUUGUAUUUAAUUUAUGUCCUUUACAAACUGAGGAUGACAAACAGCUGCUGCUCUCCACAUCAAUGGAUAGAGAUGUAAAAUGUUGGGACAUGGCCACCCUUGAGUGCUGCUGGACCCUGCCUUCCCUUGGUGGGUUUGCCUAUAGCCUGGCUUUCUCUCCUGUGGACAUGGGCUGUUUGGCCAUAGGCGUUGGGGAUGGCAUGAUCCGCGUAUGGAAUACACUCUCCAUCAAGAACAACUAUGAUGUGAAAAAUUUUUGGCAGGGUGUCAAGUCCAAGGUUACAGCGCUGUGCUGGCACCCAACCAAGGAAGGCUGCUUAGCUUUUGGCACUGAUGACGGGAAGGUGGGAUUGUACGACACCUACUCCAACAAACCUCCACAGAUUUCUAGCACAUAUCAUAAGAAGACUGUAUACACUUUAGCCUGGGGGCCACCACUACCCCCCAUUUCACUCGGAGGAGAAGGAGACAGACCUUCCCUCACUUUAUACAGCUGUGGAGGGGAAGGGAUUGUCUUACAGCAUAACCCCUGGAAGCUUGGUGGAGAGGCCUAUGAUAUCAACAAACUCAUCAGGGACACCAAUUCAAUCAAAUAUAAAUUGCCUGUACACACAGAGAUCAGCUGGAAAGCAGAUGGCAAAAUCAUGGCUCUUGGCAACGAAGACGGAUCAAUAGAAAUAUUUCAGGUUCCCAGCCUGAAACUGAUAUGCACCAUCCAGCAGCAUCACAAGCUUGUGAAUACCAUUAGCUGGCAUCAUGAGCAUGGCAGUCAGCCGGAGCUGAGCUAUCUGAUGGCCUCUGGGUCCAACAAUGCAGUCAUUUAUGUGCACAACCUAAAGACUGUCAUAGUAACAUAUUCUUCUUAA